AUGAAGUCACGUAUUAAAGGAUACAUUUAUAUUUUUUUACAGUUGCUGGACACCCUCCCAGUGUGCAGAGAUUUUAAGGCAGGUCAAUGUGACAGGCCUCAGUGCAAGUAUGUUCAUGUUCAAGAGGAACAUGUUGAAGUAAUGGACGGUAAAGUUACAGUGUGUCGUGACUCAGUCAGAGGAAAAUGUCAGCGCCCUCUGUGCAAGUAUUACCAUAUCCCUGUUGUACUACCACCAUCAACUUAA